GGUCCGGUAGCCAGAGGGGCGGGCCAGAUGGAGCAGAUUAAAAGGGCAAAUAAACUGUUUACCAAUGACUGUAUAUUUCUGAAGAAAACUUUGAACAUCCCAAUCAUUUCAGAGAAGCCUUUGCUGUUUAAUGGACUUAACUCAAUUGAUUCUCCAGAAAAUGAAACUGUUGAUGGCUGUUUUUCUCGUGAAGAAGGGCCGGUAGCUGCGGAAGACUCCUCCCCUCCCAGUCCCCAAGCAUCUCCUGUUCAGCCAGUGCAGCCUCAGGAAGUGUCAGCCAGAGAUUUCCUGCAGAGACUAGACUUGCAGAUUAAGUUAUCAACGCAGGCGGCCAGGAAACUAAAAGAAGAGAGCAGAGAUGAAGAAGACAAUCCCUAUGCAACUUCACUCUAUCACAGUUAGAUGAACAGGGAGCAUAAUCUCACCUGGAUUAAGAGAUGGUUGGAUCAUAAAGAAACCAACAACUGAAGAUUCAAAAGCAUCCCUUUUGGAUUUUCAGAGUGUACAUCUUUAAAUCACAAUUAAGUAGUUCCACCCCUGGCAGUUGCACUGAAGUGAUUAGUUCCCUCUGGCUUUAUAAUUUUAAGUCUGCAUUAUGGCAUGAUAACAAAAUUGUAUCCCGAAGCUCAUCACUUUUGCAGGUGGUGGUAGUUUUUAGACUUGCUUUUGUAAAUACUAGUAGACAGAAAGCAUCAAAGACUAUUUACAUAGUCAAGCUAAAAACGUUUAUCUCUUGAGAAUUCCUUUUAUGUGAAAAACAUGGUUGCUGUUCGAGUGAUGCCGAUUUUGCUAUGUGUUUAUAAUUAAGUGCAAUAUAUAUAUUUCGAUAUGUAUUACAUAUUCUGUAUUAAUAUAAAGAACCAAAUUUUGUCUGCUAUUUUGUAAAAAUAAACUACCAAAGUCUGAAAAAAAUAAACUAUGUUUUUACAUUUGA